AUGGAAAGUAACCAGACGUGGAUCCCAAAAGUCACCCUGCUGGGGUUCCAAGUGGAUGCAGCCCUAGAGUAUUUCCUCUUUGGGCUCUUCUCUCUGUUCUAUGUUUUCACCCUCCUGGGGAACGGGGUCAUCCUGGGGCUCAUCUGCCUGGACUUGAGACUGCACACCCCCAUGUACUUCUUCCUCUCACAGCUGGCCCUUGUUGAUAUGUCAUAUGCUUCCAACAACGUGCCCAAGAUGCUGGCAAAUCUUGUGAGCCAGAAAAGAAUCAUCUCCUUUGUUCCAUGCCUAAUGCAGACAUUCCUGUAUUUGGCGUUUGCUCACAUGGAGUGCCUAAUUUUGGUGGUAAUGUCCUACGAUCGAUACGUGGCCAUCUGCCACCCCUUGCAUUACAUGCUCAUUGUGAGCUGGAGAGCGUGCGUAGCACUGACCGCCACUUCCUGGGUGUUCAGUUUUCUCUUGGCCCUAGUCCACUUGGUUCUCCUCCUCAGACUGCCCUUUUGUGGACCCCACAAAAUCAACCAUUUCUUCUGUGAAAUCCUGUCAGUCCUCAAGCUGGCCUGUGCUGACACUAGGCUUAACCAGGUUGUCAUCUUUGCAGCCUGUGUGUUUAUCUUGGUGGGGCCUCUGUGCCUGGUGCUGGUCUCCUACUCACGCAUCCUGGCUGCCAUCCUGAGGAUCCAGUCAGGGGAGGGUCGCAGGAAGGCCUUCUCCACCUGCUCCUCCCACCUCUGCGUGGUGGGGCUGUUCUUUGGCAGUGCCAUUGUCAUGUACAUGGCUCCCAAAUCCCGCCACCCUGAGGAGCAGCAGAAGAUCCUUUCUCUGUUUUACAGCCUUUUCAAUCCUAUGCUGAACCCCCUGAUCUACAGCCUGAGAAAUGCAGAGGUCAAAGGUGCCUUGAAGAGGGUGUUGUGCAAGGACAGGAUGAUGUGA